AGUAACAAAUAGUUACAUAGAGAAUAAACAUGUUUUUUCUCAUAGUUUUGUGUUUUAGUGUAUUUAGUUCAGCCAGAGGGAUUGUGUACGAUAGUUUCACGGGAACUCCUGUGAGUCAAGAUGUGGUUUUGCGACAUAUUAAGGAUAAUACAACUUUUUGGUGCAUAAAUGACAUCCAACCCUGUGAUGCAGAAGAAUGGAGACGUUUAGACGGAUCUUGCAACAAUUUGAAACACCCUGCCAGGGGAACUACACAUACACCAUUUUAUAGAAUGCUGCCGGCAGUUUCUGAUAAAGAUUGUGGUCCAAACUCAAAGUCAGAUCUGCCUCUCGUAAGACGAGUUAGAACAAACUUUCUAUCAGAAGCUCAAGUUCCGGACCAAACGUUCACAGUACUGGCUUCUUAUUUCCUCGUAUUUAUAUCGACCGAUGUCAGCAAUCUACAUGACACAAUAAACUACAUUCUCUGGACUCCAUACUGCUGCCUUCCUAAAGGCAAGGAGGAUGAUAUGUGCGCUCCCAUACAAGUGCCGGCUGAUGAUCCAGUGCAUCGCUUCUCUGGUAUUCGAUGCUUUAACUUGACGAGACCUAUGACUUUCCAAAGUCAAGGAUGUCGGAAGAAAGAUACGUUUCCUGAAAGGAUAAUGAGUGCAACACCACUAUUCGAUUUAUCGAGCGUUUACGGAAACUCUUUGGACAAAGCGUUAGAAGGGAGACUCUUCAAAGGCGGAUUGCUGAAGUAUGAAGUCGAAGAUGGCAGGAUUUGGCCACCACAGGAUGUCAACCAUACCUCUUGUCUUAGGAACCAAAAACCUUAUGAAACGCGGUGUCAUAAGACGCCAUCAGACGAAAUAAACUCUCUCAUGCCUAUAAACAUUGUAACUAUUUGGUUCUGGAGACUUCACAACCACAUAGCUAACCGACUAGCGAAGAUGAACCCUUGUUGGGAUGAUGAGAAACUGUUUUAUACUACAAGAGAUAUUAAUAUAGCUAUACAGGCCCAGAUUCUGUUGUAUGAGCUAUUGCCGAUGAUGAUGGGAUACGACAAUCUUAUAAACGACGGAGUGUUGUACCCUCAUGGCUUCAGGGACAUUUACAAAAAACAACUAAUGCCACAGUUAUCCAUGGAAUUCCCGCUAACAUUACGAUGGUUACAUAAGAUGCAGGAAGGCACCAUAAAAAUGUACGACGCCAACGGUACCUACAUAAAGAAGGAGGCCAUAGUUGACCUCUCCAUCAGAACAGGCUACUUGGCAGUAGACAAUAAUAUAGACUACCUGACACAAGGCAGCUUCAGACAACCCAGUGCUAAGAUGGAUGAUCAUGUUGUGGAUCCUGAUAUGGCCGAGAGAAUGGCAGGAAUAUUCCAAGUAUCCCAGGACACAUUUUCCAGUGACUUGGCUAAAAACCGCCUCAUGUACAUUCAGCCUUAUGUGAAGUAUUUGGAGCACUUUAGUGGUAGAACUAUCAGCAGUUUUGAAGAUCUUGCGGAGUACUUUGAACCAGAGGUUUUAGUAAAACUGUCAGAGCUAUACAAAUCGGUGGAAGACAUAGACUUGCUAGCAGCCAUGUGGGUGGAGAAGCCACUAGACGGCGGUCGGGUUCCACACAUGUUCUACUGUAUUGUUGUAGAACAGUUGCUUCGAACCAUGCAAUCUGAUCGGCACUGGUAUGAGAGGCCUAAUAGACCUCAUGCGUUUACUAUUGAACAACUUCAAGAAAUAAGGAAGGUGUCGAUCGCAAGAGUGCUAUGUGAUGUUGGAGAUACUGUCACUCAUAUACAGGCGAGAGCUUUCCAAAGAAUCGGACCUGAGAAUCCAAUGCAAAGUUGUGAAGAAAUACCGGACAUCAAUAUAAAAGCUUGGAAAGACUACACUUGCAGCAAAAAAAUUAAAUCACCGUGCGACUAGUUAUUUAAUAAAUAUUAAUUUAUUUAAGGAUAGAUAAGGAAUUAAAUAAGUUUUGAAAAAAGAGUGUAUUUAAUGUGGCUGUAGCUGGGUAACAUUUUCAAACCACAGCUCAUUUUAUGACGCAGCAUAUGAAAUUGUUAUUUUUUAAUCAAUAAAUGACAUCAUUAAUCUUGCGGAUUAUAAGGGAAAUAAUUAUAAUGAAACCGAUCUGCUGUGUUCUAUGGAUUAUGUUAACAAUACGAUUCUAACAGUACCUACGCGAUUUGUAUAACUUAGGUAUUAGAAAGUAAACAAUCAAAUUAACUUAACAGCUGUGACCACACAACACAGAACAAAGUACGAGUAUGUUUACAACCUAAAUCGUGCAUGAAGUGAAUCGUGAGACAUAAAACUUAUCAAUAAGUGACGUCACGCGAAAUGCGUGUAGUGAAAGGGAAGCGCCAUUUCGCGUAUCAUAGCAACCGGUUCCAUGGUGUAAUGGUUAGCACUCUGGACUUUGAAUCCAGCGAUCCGAGUUCAAAUCUCGGUGGAACCUUCGUUUUAUACUUCGAUACAUUCAUUGAUGAGAC